AUGCAGACACAUCUGGAUGAGGGUCCCCCCAGUAACAUCUGGAACCCCCACCCCCACCCCCUUGUCCUUGGGUCAGGGCUGCCCAAGGCUGCGGUGAUCACGGAGCGGAAGCUGCUGGCGGCGGCCAGCCUGGCCCGGCUCUGCGGCGUGCGCCCACAGGACGUGGUCUACACCCCACUGCCGCUCUACCACGCUGCCGGGCUCAUGGUGGGACUCGGGGGGUGCAUCGAGAUCGGUGCCACCUGCGUCCUCCGCUCCAAGUUCUCUGCCUCCCACUUCUGGGACGACUGCCGCCGCUACAACGUCACCGUCAUCCAGUACGUGGGGGAGCUCCUGCGCUACCUCUGUCAGAGCCCUCAGCGCCCCAACGACCGCGACCACCGGGUGCGCUUGGCGUUGGGCAAUGGGCUUCGAGGGGACGUGUGGAAGAGGUUCCUCGACCGCUUUGGCCCCAUCUCCAUCCGGGAGUUCUAUGGGGCCACCGAGGGCAACGGCGGCUUCAUCAACUACACUGGGAAGAUUGGGGCUGUGGGGAGAGCCAACAUGUUCAUCAAGUACUUUGCCCCCUUUGAGCUCAUCAAGUACAACGUGGACAAGGAGGAACCGGUGCGAGACGAACGAGGCCUCUGCAUCCCGGUGGGCCCCGGUGAGACGGGGCUGCUGGUCACCAAGAUCACCAAGGAGGCCCCAUUCCAUGGCUACGCCGGAGAUCCCGUGGAGACGGAGCAGAAGAUCCUAAGGAACGUCCUGGUCCACGGUGACGCCUUCUUCAACAGCGGCGACCUCCUCAUGAUGGACCACGAGAAGUUCCUCUACUUCCAGGACCGCGUCGGAGACACCUUCAGGUGGAAAGGGGAGAACGUGGCCACCACAGAGGUGGAGGCCGCUCUUGCCAUGGUGGACUUCAUCCAGCAAGUCAACGUCUAUGGGGUGUCCGUCCCAGGGUGCGAGGGGAGAUGUGGCAUGGCCGCCAUGUGCCUCAAGCCGGGGCACAGCUUCGAUGGGCAGAAGCUCUACAGCUUCGUGGAGGAUGUGCUGCCCGGCUACGCGGCGCCGCAGUUCCUGAGGGUGCAGAACGCUCUGGAGAUCACGGCCACCUUCAAGCAGCGCAAGAGCCACUUGGUCACCGAAGGCUUCGAUCCCCGCGUCAUCCGGGACCCGCUGUUCUUCCGCCACAAGCAGGCCAAGGCCUACGUGCCCCUGACCCCCGAGCUCCAUGCCCGCAUCCUGGACACGGCCCUGGCCCUCUAAGAGCCACCCCAUUCCCUUCGGGAAUUCCCUCGGGAGC